AUGCUGGUGUUAUAUUUGAAUUUCUUUUGCCAGCAAUUAUUGGGGCAUCUUUUGGAUUUAUUGGAAUAUUAUCUAAUUUUAGUAAAAAAAUAUAAUGCACUUAGAAGCAACACAGCCAUUCUUUUAACGGCAAACUCGUUUUUCGAAAUUCUCAAUUUGUCUGGUCUUUUCCUAACUUUAGCAGUUACAGCGGCUCCCAUACAAAAUACCGAAUUCUUAAAAUAUGGAAUCUCAAAAUCGCGAAUCGGCUAA